CCACCCUGAAUAUCAACGAGCUUCCUCAGUUUUGCCCCCAGUCUUGGCUUCCCAUUAAAGGAGCGCAGGCACAGAAUAUUUGAGCUGGGUUUUCCUGUUUUCCAAGUGAGGUGGAGGCGCCGCGGGGAGGGCGAGCUGCGGGAGGGACGGGAGUUGAGGGACGCGCUAAAAGUCGCUUGGUUGAUAUACUUCCAACCCGCAGCGGGACUGACUCCGGCGGUCAUUACGGUGGUGAUUACGGUGCUGGUUUGGAGUUGGCCAAUCGAUUCCUCGAAUCAUCAUCUGAUUGUUUGCUCACAAUACUCCCCCAAUGCAUGGACAUCACAGUUGUAAAAUUCCUUGCCAUUUUUCCUUGGAAACUUCCCUUCCAAUCUCAAUUGGUGACAGGAAAUUUUAGUAAAGGUUAAAAAGGAAGAGCUCUCCCUCUCUCUUACAACAGCAAAGAGGGGACGAGAAAAUUUAUGGCGUGGAUCUACGCACACAGCGCCACUGUUCAUGGAAUUAUGCAAAAAGGCUAUUGAUCCAAUCUAACCCUGAGAUUCUAUGAAUUGAGAUUCUAUGAAUUAAGAUUCUAUGACCACACAAGAACCGUGUAUUCCAGGUGAGAGCAUUUCCCCCAACUGAAAGCAGGCAUGGCAGAAAAAAAGGAAAUAGUAUGCAGAUGGAGAGUAUGAAUUUUGCAGCAUUUAUAGGAAAUCUGCACAUCUUGUUCCUAACUGGAAUUUACUGACUGACAAUGACAGAAAACAUCUUAGAGAAGUUAGAUGUCCUCGAUAAGCAAGCACAGAUAAUCUUGGCCAGAAGAGCAGAGAAAAACAAACUUCAGAGUGUAGCGAGAAGAAAGUUUUCGGUUCUACCCCUGACAUUUGAUUUUCAGUCAGAAUGUGAAGAGGAUAUUGCUGCAUCCACAUCUAAGUCAGCGUCAAAGAUCACAGAAGACAAAUCAUGUGACAUUGAAUCAAAAAAGUAUAACUCUUUCAAAAGUGAGCCUGAACCUAUAGAGAGUGACAUCAAAAAGUCAAAUUUAAAACCACACUUUGUUCAAAGAAAUGUCAGAAUACAAGAAAAGCCAGUAGAAAAAAAUCCAAGAUCAAGAUCUGUUGGACCUUUUCUUUAUCUUAAGGAUACAUCUGAGGUGGAAUAUACAGAGCCCUUGAGUAUUCUAUAUUCACAGCAGAAACAAGCAUGUGGAAAAUUGCAGAGUUCUACAGUCUUUUCUCCUAUAUUUAACAUUCAGUCUAAUGCUUAUGAAAAGGAAAGAGACUCUACUUUAUUAACAGCUCAAAUUGAAAAAAGGACUAGGAAAUCAUUGGAUUCUAUUGGCCAUUUAGAAGAUCAUAUAAAUGAAAGAGGAAAAUCUUCAUUGAUGAAUGAUUUUAACAUGAAAAAAAAUGAAUCUAUCAGAAAUUAUCCAUUAAGUGAGUAUCAUUCAGUAAGAAACAAAAGCUUGCUCCCCUUGUGCUUUGAGGAUGAGCUGACAAAUCCAAAUGCCAAGAUUAUCAACGUUAGUCCAGCAAAGACAGUAACUUCUCAGAUGGAACAAAGUAACACAAAUCCCAUAAUUUUUCAUGACACAGAAUAUGUACAGAGGUUACUUUUGACAAGAAAUAGGUUUUCUUCCCAUCCUUUGGCAAAUGAAAACAUUAACCCACAUGAAAGAACAAAUUUUGUUCUAGAAAGAAAUUGUAAACUCCUCAAAUCUUUACUUGGUGAUCAAUCUGUUACUCCUUCCAAACCCAGAAAAACUCUGCCUACAGCAAAGAGAAAGGGAAUACAAACCUUACAUUUUGAAGUGGACCACAGAAUUGUGGAUGAUACACUAAGGAAGAAAACCAAUAAGCAAUCAUUAGAAAACAGAUCUGGGAAUACAUUCUCUAAUUUUCCCAGCCUAACCAAAAAAUUUUGCCUUGAUAAAACUGCUAUUCAAGAAAUGAACACUAAAACUGGAAAAUUUGAAAAAAUGUUUUCUACAGUAAAACCAAGGAACACAUACAAAUCCAGUGACUCACCUGUCAAAUAUUACCCAAAGCAUUUUAAAAAUAUGCGUGAACUAAGUAAUGUAACACCAUUGGAUGGUUUGUUAAACUUGUCAGGUGAAAAAUGCCCCACAAAUCAUCACUUACCCAGCAAUGUUUGGGUAACAAGAAGCAAAUAACCAAGUUCCAGGAUCAUAGAAGAAAUUAUUAUCCAAUUAGUAAUGUCCUAAUGGAUGGCAUCAGAAAGCAAGGCAUAGAAAUUGGAGUUACAAAUCAGCAGUGAUCUAUUCAAGAACAAUGAAUAUUUUUGGUAAAUAAUAGGACAAAAUUAGGAAAUAAUUGUCAACAAGAGGAACAAGUUCAUGACUUUCUAUUAUCUCAAUUUGUUGAUCAGUCAUCAGCAUUUCUACAGUAAAGUUUGAUUUGGGACCAAGAAUGUCAUAGACUGCCUCUGGAAAUUUGCUGUUGGAAGUCAAAUAACAUCAAUAACCUUUUUAUUUAACUGAAUAUCAAAUAAGACAAAUGUAACAUUAA